AUGUCAAGGUGGGAGAGCCUGCCUAUCAGCGAACAGCAGCAACGCUAUCUGGCGUCAACUACCACAACAACCACCCUGGAUCCCUUGGAACUUACGACACGGAGAGCCUUAGGAGGAUUGAUACGUCAAGAAAUGUCAGAAACAGGCCAGAAGAUAUGCUACUAUAAAAGCGGAGCCUCGAAUGAAUUCCCCAUUCCAUACCAGUGCGAAAUGGGAUGUUGUAACCAUGGUUGCUGUACAGUUGCAGACCUGGCAGCCCGAAGCAACUCAUUUGGCUGGGCCAUAGCUCUUUUAUCCAUUGUGCUGAUCACGAUAAUUCUCGCUUUGAUAGCCAUAUUCGCUGUUUAUGUUAUGAAUCGUCGAAAAGAUCAAGUGCUGAAAAGGCAAAUAGUUUAUGGUGGUGAAAGUUCUGCAGCUAGUCAGAUAAGCGGUCCGACUACUUACUAUCCACGCGACUACUGCAAUUCACAAAUCUUGAAGCAUUUCUAA